AUGUCAAGAGCCAAGAAGAACCCUAAAGAUGAUAAGCAGUAUGAAAAGGUUGAACACAAAACUAUGGCGGUUACUGCUUCUGCUGUUGGUGAUCCAAACGUAGUCAACUGUUUAAUUUACAAUAGCUACAUGGAUAGCCACAGGACUACAAAAUACACUUACGAUAUCAGUGUAACCGAUGGUAACGCUGGACGAGGAGGAGCCGUUGCGGAUUUGAUUCUUGCAGUUUAUGACGUUGGAGAUUACAGAACUGUCGACUAUUUGCGACAAUAUACAUUGCCAUCUCUCGGACGAUUAGAUAAUUUAGUGAUUCUUGGAAUAAGAGCUGAAUGUCGCUUAUACCGUGACUCCUUUGCAGCACCAUAUGGUACCCUUCGAAGCUUAAUGCAACAAGGCAGAUGUCCAGGUACCGAAAUUUUCCAUUGUGGUGGUCCACAAGCAGCCUCGGCUAUUUUUGCUUUGUACGGCCGUGUGAACCCAGAACCAUUCGAAAAUGACAAAAACAAGAAGAAAAAGUAG